AGCAGCCUUUAAUUAACCUAAUAAAAGGUUUUCGUUCAUAUGCUUCACCAGUAAAGAAAAACCCAUUCUCUCUCGUCGCCUCCUCAGGCGAUUCCCGAUUCCUCGCCGCCAACUUCCAUCGUCGGAUACCGUCGCACCCAACAGAACCGGCCACCGUCGCACACCACAUAUUCGAUUCAGUUCAAAUCGAAAUCAUAUGUUUGUUGCCUGCUGUCACUGCAAUCAUAUGUUUGACACCGCUAUAAUCUAUAGAAAUCUCGCCGACGCAGGGAAGCCACUAUCCAACACUUGUGUUUUUUCGACAUCAACUGCGGCUCUGCGAGUCUGAACAAUGGAAGCGAAGCCCUCUUCUACUUCUCCCUCAACAUUUAUCGAUCAGUUAGUCGUUCCAGGAGAUGUGAUACUGGACCUCUCAAGCAUGGCCAAUCAAACUAUCAAACUCGGAGGUGGCCUUCGUCAGGAUGGUGAUUCCAUUUCUGUAAUGAAGGCUGGGACGCUGAGAUUCACGAAGCCAAACAAAUAUUGGGUGGAGAGCUCCCAUAAGAGGUAUGUACCUAGUGCUGGGGAUAAUGUUCUUGGAGUUGUGGUGGAUACUAAACCAGAAAAUUUCCUUGUGGAUAUUAAAGGACCUGCAUUGGCAUUUCUACCUGUUCUUGCAUUUGAAGGAGGAACUAGAAGGAACAUACCCAAAUUUGAGGUGGGCACUUUAUUGUAUGUUCGUGUGGUCAAUGCGAAUACAGGCAUGAAUCCUGAGUUGUCAUGCAUGGAUGCUAAUGGAAAAGCAGCAGAGUAUGGUGUACUAAAAGAGGGGUAUAUGUUUGAAUCAUCCACAGGCCUCUCAAGAACGCUGCUGAGUUCUCCACCUUAUCCAGUUCUUGAAGCUCUUGGGAAGAAGCUCUCAUUUGAGAUAGCUGUUGGCAUAAAUGGCCGUUUCUGGGUGAAUGCGUCACAAUCAUCUACAGUAAUUCUGGUUGGAAAUGCAAUACUAAAAUCAGAAUCUCUCAGCUUGGUGCAACAGAAGAUUUAUUUAGAAAAAUUGCUCAAGAACAUUCAGUGAUUUUUAGUAAAAGCUGAAACUAUUUUCUCCUGUUGUCAACAAUUAAUUAACAUGAAGAUCGAAUGCAGUUAUAUAUAUGUUCUUUUCCUUAGCCCCAUGUAUUUUUAAUCAACACAAAUCAAUAUAAGAAAGUAAGAAACCAUGAUAUAUAAUUGGGAAG